AGAGGAGAGAAGAGGGAGGGGAGGGGGAGGGGAGGUGGAUUAGCGCAGCGUCGGUGCCCGGUGUCCUUUUUAGACCACAACAAACACCAGAGUGAUUGAGAGAGAAACACAGAGGGAAGAAACCCAUUUGAACCUGCUUGUUCUCCGCGGCCAGUGUCAGCAUCUCUCUCUCCCUCCAUCCAGCACCCGGCGUUCAGGCAUGUCUCUGCCCGGCUCACAGACACCAGAGGACGGACUCUACGGCUCCUGGGUCGAAUUGGAGGAGCUGAUCGCAGCUGUGAGCCGCAGGGAGAGUCUGACAGGGCCGCAGGACAGCAUCUCCUCCGCCCUGCAGGGGGAGCUGGAGAGGAUCCUUUUGGAGGCACAGCUUGAGUGUGAGAGGAGUAGAGACAGUCCUCCACAGGCCGUGACUCCACAGUCCACCGGUUCCCCAAGAGCAACUAGUGAGCAUGACAGUGACUAUGUCCCCAUACAGGAGGAAGUUGAGCGACGAGGGGACACUGACUGGGUGUGGGAUUGGUCCAGUAGACCUGAAAAUAUGCCACCAAAAGAGUUUGUGUUUCAACACCCUAAACAGCAGAGCUCCCUCAGCGUUAGGAAGACAGAGGUGAUGAAGAGAGGCCUCUUCUCCUCUGAUGUUCUCCUCUUACUCGGUCCUACACUGCUGGCUUCACACCUGCUCACACUUGGAGUCGGGAUCUACAUAGGAAAGCGAUUGGCUGCUUCAACAACUAGCACGCUGUGAAGUUGGCAGCAGCCCACCAACCCCAUUCGCUCACCAUCUGACCAGUAAGGUUGCAGUCUGCCCUCUCCACUGCAACUAUUUGCCUCCUUCCUUCUUCUUCACUGGGGCAACCUUAGGUUCCCGUCUGUCUGUCUGUCCCUUUGUCUCCAUGUUCAUCUGUCCUUCUGUCAGUCUUUGCAUGUCGUAGGGCUCCGGGAGUGGAGGGAUGCCAACCCAUGAGUCAGACUGAGGUCACUUUUACUCUCUUGGAGAGUAACACUGAUCUCAACCAGCAAAGGCAAAUCAGUGAGAAGAGAUUGCCCAGAUACAAGAGAAAGGAGAGCAAGAGAGUUUCACCCAGAUAGAACAAUAAAUCCUUUUGAUAGGAGGGGAUAAAAAAGGUUCGUUGGGAACAGUGUGUUCGGCAAAAUGAAAAAGAUAAUAUGUGGUAGCCUUUUUGCCCCAACCUUUGAAAAAGCGAAAUGUCUGUCAUUUGUCAAAAGUAAUGACCCUCUGUACGACUGAGCUGCUAAAAGUGGUACUUGGGGUUUUGUUCUGCACUGAUGGUGUAUCUAAUGUAGAGUUUUUUUAGUUGGCUGAGUGAAUGUAGGAACAGCUCUGGUUGUGCUUUUUGUCCCAUAAACCGAUUAAAUAUUUGACCUCCGACAAAGACAAUCACGAUCCCAUUAAACUUCACUCUUCGAAAACCUUAA